AUGCAGCCUAUCAAGAUCUACAACGCAGAGCCCGGCUCGGGGCCGAACCCCUGGAAGACCGUCCUCGUGGUGGAGGAGCUCGGCAUCCCGUACGAGACGGUCUGGGUCAGCUACGGCGACCUCAAGUCGGAGCCGUACGUCUCGCUCAACCCCAACGGCCGGGUGCCGGCCAUGGUCGACCCCAACACGGACGUCACGCUGUUCGAGUCGGGCGCCAUCAUCAGCUACCUCGUCGACACGUACGACAAGGACUUCACGCUCACGUACGGGCCCGACCGCCUCGCCGACAGGUGGCUCGUGCAGAGCUGGCUGCAUUUCCAGAUGAGCGGGCAGGGCCCCAUGUUCGGCCAAAAGAUGUGGUUUACGCACUUCCACAUCGAAGAGAACGUCAAAUCAGCCCUCGGCCGCUACGCCACCGAGGCCAAGCGCAUCGUCGGCGUCAUCGACGCCAGCCUGCGCAAGCAGCGGCAGAAGCAGCAACUACCAGCCAGCGGGCCCGUCUGGCUCGUCGGCGAGCACUGCACGCUCGCCGACCUGGCCUUCUUCACCUGGGACCUGACGCUCUUCGCCGGCGCCCUGCUCCCCGAGAACCCCAUCGACGUCGAGAAGGACUUCCCCGAGUUCGCCGCGUGGCACGGCAAUGUGGCGAGGCGCCCGGCCGCCGAGAAGGUUGUCGCGAUGCGGCAGGAGGCCCUGAGUACCAAGAGGAACACGGCGGCGACUGUGAUUGAGGCGCAGGCUGACGGCAGGAAGUUGUCUUGA